AUGUCCGCCCCAAACGCCCCGUCCAACAUCACACAGGAACCCAUUCGCCCAGAUGGAGAAGCUUGGGAGCCGAUCGACUUCCCACGCGUCACCUCCUUACGCCUCUCCUUCAAGAACAUUAUUGAGAUCUCCAAUCUGAACAACUUCGACUCGCUGCUCACCCUUCGGCUGGACAACAACAUCAUAGAUAAGAUUGCGAACUUGGGUCAUCUCAAGCAGCUCACCUGGCUAGACCUUUCCUUCAACAACAUCCGAGAAAUCGAAGGCCUUGGUGAGCUUCAUGAACUCUUGGACCUCUCCCUCUAUCACAAUCAGAUUGAAGAGAUCCGAGAUCGUCUUGACGGUUGCCCUAAGCUGAACAUAUUGUCGCUCGGGCAUAACAACAUCCAAGACUUGAGGCAGAUUGACUACCUGCGGCAGUUUCAGAACUUGCGUUGCUUGUGCAUGGAUUCCAACAAGAUUUGCCUCGCAGAGUCCUACAACCAACACGUGCUGGCCUACCUGCCGCACCUCAAGUAUUUGGACUAUAUGCUCAUUGACCGUAAGGCAGUAGCCCAAGCACAAGAGGGUUACGACCUGGAAGGCAUCACAGAGGUCCGGGAGAAGGAGCAAACAGAGCAGGCCAGACAGAAAGCGCUAGCAGAAAAGCAGGCUGUCAUCGAGAAGCUGAAGACGGCCUUUUUGGACUGCACUGAGAACUUGUUUGAAGAGAUGUUCUCCAAGGAAGUGGAGCCCGACAACGUGCUCGCGCUUGCCUGUUACCCGGGCCUAAAGGAGGAUUAUCGCGACAAGCUCUCCGAAGAGAUCAAGGGCCUAAGGUCCCGGAUGGAGGAGAAGAAUGACGUUCGCUUGAGGAAGGUGGUCGCCUUUGAGAAGGCGGUGUAUGCUGCAGAGACGGAAAGCGAGGAGGAAGCCUUCCAAGCGAUCAGGGACUUCAAAAGCUUGAAGAAGAAGGUUUUGUCGCAGAUCGAUCGUGAAGAUAAUGAUCGCCUGCGGUCAGAGGUGGAUGAGUUGAUCAAGCAACUUAUGGAUCAGCUCUCUGGGUUGGAGAAUCAUUUGAUGGCCAAUGAGAUCCAGGUCCAGGAAAGCAUCGAAGAAGCGCUCUCAGAUUUUGAAGCUAAGAUCAGCGAUUUGGUGAAGGGCAUGCUGGACUGCACCGCCUUGUGGGUGGACGGGCGGAAUGCGGAGCUAAAGAGAAAGAAGGUGAACCCCUCACAGGACAACAGCCGAGAGUUCUUCCAACGCCUGGAAGAGUUGGAGAAGAGCUUCAUCACUGGUUUGACCGAAGGCGCCAACACGGAGAUCGAAAGCUUCACCCAAGCAUCUGAGUCGGCCAUGGCAGACACCGACCCGCAGAAGGCGAAGUAUUUGAACAACCGUGAGGAGAUGAACCAGGCCUUGACCAAUUUCACAGAUGCUCACAACAGCUUGAUCCAGAACAAAGAUGACUACAUGAACAAUCAGAUGAACUCUUGGAAUCGCAGCUUCUUUGAAAACCACCGCGGGCGGCAGUACAACCGCAAUCGCCAGCGAGUCAUGGACAUCCGCCAAGUCAUCGAGGAGUGCCGCUCGGAGAUCCAGGCGGCCAGUGAAGAUGGCAACGAGUAUGAUGAGGGCGACCUCGGAGGCUGGGAGAAUUGGUCGUCCGGGUUCCGUGCGGGUGCAUCUCAGAAGUGCUUCAGGGAUCAAUGGGAAAUGGAUGAUUGGAAUCCACAAAGGGACUCAUGGAUUGUGAGAGGUGUGUCAAGUUUCGAGCAUGAAAGUAAUUACGUAGUUAUUUUUUCUACCCAGUAG